ACAAACUACUUUCGUUUCCUUGCUGUGACGCGGGGGAAAAAAGCGUCUCCAGAAAGAUCCUCUAAAGCUCAACAGAUAAAGAAUGCAAAAAGUCCUAAAAUUGCCCUGAGGUGGAAAGCACCUGAAUGUUUUUCCACCUUAUUAUCAGCUCAUACCCAUCUGAGCCCAUUGGCUGGAACGAGGAGCUGCUCAGCAGGUCUGGUAGGUUAGCAGAUAAACAAACACUCUGACAGUGUCUGAGCUCUACGGGACCGACGGGACGCCAGAAAGUCUCCAGAUGAAGGUAGAAGGUGUGUGAGCUGAGGUGAACUGAGCAGCAUGGACCAGCGUGAGGACAGAGAGGACAGAGUCCCUCCCUGUGAGACACCUCAGCAUGGAGAACCUGAGGACCAGAGGAAAACACCAGAACCAGAACCAGAACCUGCACCUGCACCUGAAACUAAAUGUAAUCCCAGAUACUUACAGAAAGGUGAUUCAAAGGAGCUUGGAUUUGAUUUUCAAUCAGACCAACCUUCAGCUGCCAACAGGAAACUGUCAGAACCUCACCCCAGCUGUGUGUCCUUGAGGAGCAGUGAUUCAAAGGAAAUUGGGGUUGAUUUCAAAUCAUCAGCAGAGAGGAAACUACCAGAACCUCCCAGCUGUGUGUCUUUGAGGAGCAGUGAUUCAAAGGAAAUUGGGGUUGAUUUCAAAUCAUCAGCAGAGAGAGAGGACCAGCAGAGCCCAGAGGUUCCCAGAGGUCCGUCUGCCCAGCAGCAACAGACCCAGCUGGACUCCAUAUUUAUGCUGCUGGAGGACAACAUGGUCACUUUUGUGAAGAAGGAGCUGAAGAAGAUCCAGAAGGUUCUGAGUCCAGAUUACCCAGAAUGCUCAGAGAGUCGGUGGUGGGAUGAGGAGGUGUUGGAGGGGGAGAAUGAAGAGCAGAGGAGCAGCAAACAAGCAUUAUUGAAGAUCACAGUUUUCUUGUUGAAGAGGAUGAAGCAGGAGGAGCUGGCUGAGCGUCUGCAGACCAGGCUUCUUCCCUCAGCUUUUCAACAUAACCUUAAAAACACCUUGAAGAAGAAGUUCCAGUGUGUGUUUGAAGGCAUCCCUAAAGCAGGAAGUCCAACCCUUCUGAACCAGAUCUACACAGAGCUCUACAUCACAGAGGGAGGAACUGGACAGGUCAAUGAUGAACAUGAGGUCAGACAGAUUGAAACAGUAUCCAGGAAACCACACAGACCAGAAACAACCAUCAGACAAGAAGACAUCUUUAAAGUCCCACCUGGAAGAGAUCAACCAAUCAGAACAGUGAUGACAAAGGGAGUGGCUGGCAUUGGGAAAACAGUCUUAACCCAGAAGUUCACUCUGGACUGGGCUGAAGGCAAAGCCCACCAGGACAUCCAAUUCAUAUUUCCAUUCACCUUCAGAGAGCUGAAUGUGCUGAAAAAGAAGAAGUUCAGCUUGGUGGACCUUGUUCAUCACUUCUUUACUGAAACCAAAGGAAUCUGCAGCUUUGAACAGUUUCAGGUUCUUUUCAUCCUUGAUGGUCUGGAUGAAAGUCGACUUCCUCUGGACUUCCAGAACCAGGAGAUCCUGACUGAUGCUACAGAGUCCACCUCAGUGGAUGUUCUGCUGACAAACCUCAUCAGGGGGAAACUGCUUCCCUCUGCUCUCCUCUGGAUAACCACACGACCUGCAGCAGCCAAUCAGAUCCCUCCUGAGUGUGUUGGCAUGGUGACAGACGUCAGAGGAUUCACCGACCCACAGAAGGAGGAGUACUUCAGGAAGAGAUUCAGAGAUAAGGAGCAGGCCAGAAGGAUCAUCUCCCACAUCGAGACAUCAAGAAGCCUCCACAUCAUGUGCCACAUCCCAGUCUUCUGCUGGAUCACUGCUACGGUUCUGGAGAAGAUGUUGGAGACCAACAAGAGAGCAGUACUACCUAGGACCCUGACUGAGAUGUACAUCCACUUCCUGGUGGUUCAGACCAAAGUGAAGAAGGUCAAGUAUGAUGGAGGAGCUGAAACAGAUUCACAUUGGAGUCCAGAGAGCAGGAAGAUGAUUGAGUCUCUGGGAAAACUGGCUUUUGAUCAGCUGCAGAAAGGAAACCUGAUCUUCUAUGAAUCAGACCUGACAGAUUGUGGCAUCGACAUCAGAGCAGCCUCAGUGUACUCAGGAGUGUUCACUCAGAUCUUUAAAGAGGAGAGAGGGCUGUACCAGGACAAGGUGUUCUGCUUCGUCCAUCUGAGUGUUCAGGAGUUCCUGGCUGCUCUUCAUGUUCAUCUGACCUUCAUGAACUCUGGUGUGAAUCGAAUGAAUGAGGGUCAAACCUCCAAGAAACAGAACCCAAAAAUAAUUCAGCUUCACCAGGCUGCUGUAAACAAGGCCUUGCAGAGUCCAACUGGGCAUCUGGACAUGUUCCUUCGCUUCCUUCUAGGUCUUUCAUUGCAGACCAAUCAGACUCUCCUACGAGGUCUGAUUUCAGUGACCGAAGGUACAACCAGUCAAGAAACAGUCCAGUACAUCAGGAAGAGGAUCAAUGACAACCUGUCUGUAGAGACAAGCAUCAACCUGAUCCACUGUCUGAAUGAACUGAAUAGUCAUUCUCUAGUUACAGAAAUUCAACAGUCUCUGAGUUCAGGAAGUCUCUCUACAGAAAAACUGUCUCCUGCUCAGUGGUCAGCUCUGGUCUUCAUCUUACUGUCAUCAGGAAAAGAUCUGGAUGUGUUUGACCUGAAGAAAUACUCUGCUUCGGAGGAGGCUCUUCUCAGGCUACUGCCAGUGGUCAAAGUCUCCAACAAAGCUAUACUGAGUGGGUGUGACAUCUCUGAGCGAAGCUGUGAAGCUCUGUCCUCAGUUAUUAGAGCUUCCUGCUGGAGUCUAAGAGAGUUGGAUCUCAGUAACAACAACCUGAUGGAUUCAGGUGUGAACCUGCUGUUGUCUGGACUGGAGAAUAAACAUUUGCAACUGGAAAUUCUCAGGCUUAAUUUCUGUAACCUGACCCAGAAAAGCUGUGAGGGUGUGUCUUCAGUCCUAAGCUCUUCAUCCAGUCUAAUAGAACUUGACCUCAGCAACAAUGACCUGCAGGACUCAGGAGUCACGCUGCUGUCUGCUGGACUCAAGAAUCCGCACUGUGAAUUGGAAAUACUAAGGCUGUCAGGAUGUAUGAUUGCAGAAAAAGGCUGUAUGUCUCUGGCAUCAGCUCUGAGGUUCAACACUUCCUUUCUGAGAGAGCUGGAUAUCAGCUACAACAAUCCAGGAGAGAAAUCAGUGAAGCUACUGAAUGAAAGACUGGAUGAUCCACGCUGUAGCCUGGACACUCUCAGGGUGAAGCCGGCUGGAGUCCAAUGGUUGAAACAAGAUGUAAAGAAGUAUUCCUGUCAGCUCACAAUAGACACAAACACAGUGAGCAGAAGACUUGAACUGUCUGAGGACAAAAGGAAGGUGGAACAUGUGGACCAGGAUCAACCCUACCCUGACCAUCCAGACAGAUUUGAUCACUGUCAGCUGCUGUGUAGAAAUCGUCUCACUGGUCGCAGUUACUGGGAGGUGGAAUGGCAUGGAAACGUUCGAAUAUCAAUAAGCUACAAAGGAAUCAGAAAGAAAGGGUCUAGUGAAGACUGCGUGUUGGGAUUUAACAACCAGUCCUGGAGUCUGGGCUGCUCAGAUUAUGACGGUUACUCUGCUUGGCACAAUAAGAGAAUAACACCCAUCUCCUCCUCCUCCGUCUCUAACAGAGUAGGGGUGUAUGUUGAUCAACCUGCUGGCAUCCUGUCCUUCUACAGAGUCUCCUCAGACUCUCUGAUCCACCUCUACUCCUUCAACACCACCUUCACUGAACCUCUGUAUCCUGCGUUUGGAAUUUGGACUAAUUCAUCAGUGUUCCUGUAAAGCGUAUAAAGAGUUAACCUUGUUUGCAAGCUGAA